AACGGGCUUCGUGCCGAAAAGAACAACGCAACAACCCAAUUAUAAACUGCACGUCUCAGAUGCAGUUGACGGACAAGGGUCUAAGAACGGGUGCCCCUGGACGUUACGGCCUCGUACAUUUUUUAACUUGGUGUCAGCCUCGUUGCUCUUCAAAGAGUUCGAAUGACCUGAAAAAGAUAUACAUGAAGUGCAAGGAAAAUUAUUGUCCUCCUGUUGAAUUUUUGUACCUGGCGGCAGAUGUGAUAGAGAAGCCAGGGCUUGUGAAGGCAAUGGUGGGAAAUAGAUCACUCGCAAUCCAGAGCGAGCUAUUGAUGCCAGGUGCCACGGGCGAGCAAGCACAUAUAUAUAAAACCAACGCCCCUGACCAUCGCGCUUUUGAAGAUGCCUCAAUUUUUACAAAGCCAGAAAAGAAUUUCCCGGAAGCUGAUGACGUAUUGACACUUGCUGGCGUCGAUCCGAACGAUGAAGCAAGGCUCAUGCUGGCACAAGGAUCACACGAUGACCAAAGCUUCCACGGAAGAAGAGCAAAGAAGAACUCGUCAAGAAAGUUGACCGAGCUGUGCAUAUUCGCUCGAGUCAUUGGUCAGCUUCCGCGUUCGGGAAUCUGCAAAGUAGAUAACAAGGCUUAUGACUUACUUGAAGAAGCGCUUCAAAUUCACUUGAGGUGCUUGAUUAUGAAAAUCUUUAACCGUGCUCUUCAAAGAAACGACUCGAAACCAAGCGUACUCGGACGAAGCAACACUCACUCUGAACCUAAGCAGAGGAUUCGCCAGAUAAAUGUUGACGCAGAAGUACAGAAGCGAGAACGCGUUGAUAUUGAGCGAAAGGCCCUGCUAAGGGUUGGGGAGUCUAUUUUGAGCAAGAGGAGGACUCGUGCCGGAGAUGACAGUCACCUUAAGGAAAAGGUCGCAAGAAUUCGUCAAGAAGAGGAAGAACGUAUUCGGGCAACCAUAGCGAACGACGCGGCGCGCAGUGCACUCGGCGAUGCAAAAUACUUGAAGUGGUUUGUAUCGUCCGGGGGCAAAGAAGCGGACCGUGAGUCACAGAGAAAACCUUCUCGAGAGCUGACUUGCAAGCAGAAUGAUGAGAAAGAUUCGGAGAUUCGCUUCCUCAAAAGGUCGAUGGAUGGACGAGGCGCAAGGGCAAAUUGGACUGUUUCCCUAAAAGAUUGCCGCGAUGUGAUAGGCGAUGAAUACAAGCGGUUCGAGGCUGCCUAAUGUUUUUCUUAACGAUCGGAAGCCUGACACAUGUGCACGCGGAUUGAAAUGACUUUCUCUUCAUUCAAUAUGCAGACAAACAAAUGAAUUCGCCACUGCAAAAUAUGCACUUCGCCGGUAAACUAUGAACAUGACCGUCUCAUAUAUAUUUUUUGGGCAAGCCUGUAGUGCCCAGUCUGCGGUGCCUAGUCCCCGUUGUACCUAGAUGACAGUCCCGUCAGGGAUAGUGGCAUUUCGAAGUAUUGUCACGAUCCCUGAACGGAUGUAUAUUCCGUUUUCUUCAUCUUCAAGGUCUUCAACUCCAGCGGCAUUUGUAAUGAUGCAGUUUUUGCCAAUUCGUGC